AUGGUCCGUUUCGUGACUCCGCUCCUGGCCCUGUCGGCCCUUUCGGCUACCGCUCUUGCGGCUACCACCACUACUUGCAGCACCAGCAGCCAGUGCCCUGAGGACAAGCCUUGCUGCUCUCAGUAUGGCGAGUGUGGUACCGGCGCAUACUGCCUCGGUGGUUGCGACCCUCAAUCCUCUUUCUCGAUCGGUUCUUGCGCCCCCAUGCCUGUCUGUGAGAACAAGAGCUACAAGUGGGACAACCUCGACAACACCGUCCUGAACACGAAGUACCUGGGCAAUGCCAGCGCCGCCGAUUGGACCUACAGUGGUUUCCCCAAGACCGAAGAUGGCAACCUCCUGAUGACCAUGCCCAAGAACUCCGUCGGUACUCUCUUCGCCAACAACCACUACAUCUGGUACGGAAAGAUCAGCGGCAAGAUCAAGUCCUCCCGCGGCAAGGGUGUCGUCACUGCUUUCAUCCUGCUCUCCGACGUCAAGGAUGAGAUCGACUACGAGUGGGUCGGUGCCGAUUUGACUGCCGUUCAGACCAACUACUACUGGCAGGGUGUUCUGGACUGGCACAACAGCGGCAACGCCUCCGUCAACGACCAGGACACCUUUGACAACUGGCACACCUACGAGAUCGACUGGCAGCCCGACCAAACCCAGUGGAUCGUUGAUGGCGAAGUCAAGCGUACCCUGAAGAAGUCUGACACCUGGAACUCCACUGCCAACCGCUUCCAGUACCCCCAGACCCCCUCCCGCCUGCAGAUGUCGCUCUGGCCCGCCGGCCAGGCUAGCAACGCCAAGGGUACUAUCGACUGGGCUGGUGGUGAGAUUGACUGGAACAGCCAGGAUAUCAAGGAGAAGGGUUACUACUACGCUACCAUCGGUCAGGUCGAUGUUACUUGCUACGAUCCCCCCUCCGAGGCUGUCAAGUCUGGCAGCAAUGCUUACAUCUACACCUCCAAUGCUGCCAUGGAGGCCAACAUCGCUAUCACCAACAACUCCACCGUCCUUGGCUCUCUUGGCGCUACCGGUCUGGACAUGACCCUCGGCGCUAACAGCAGCAGCAGCGCCUCCUCCACCGCCAGUGACAGCGUUCCCACCAACCACGGUGGUGCCGGUGGCAUGGCCAUCAACAGCACUACCAGCACUGGCACUGGCACUGGCAGCUCCAGCGGCAGCGGCACCAGCUCUGGCUCUUCCUCUUCUGCUACUGGCACUGGCUUCAGCCAGGGUACCGACACUACCACCACCAAGGGUAACGGUGCCCCUGCUCAGGGUGAGCGCGUCCUGCGUGGCUCGCUGUUUGCAGUCCUCGUGGCUGUCGUUGUUCUGGUGACGCUGUAA